AUGGCGACUCUUAUGCGAAGCGUGAAGAAUGUCACCAAGGGCUAUUCUAGUGUCCAGAUCAAGGUCCGAGAGGCCACGAGCAAUGACAGCUGGGGUCCGACGGGUACUCAGAUGAGCGAGAUUGCCCAGUUAACUUUCAACCCAAGUUCCGAUUUCGUCGAUAUUAUGGAUAUGCUCGACAAAAGGCUUAACGACAAGGGAAAGAACUGGCGACAUGUCCUCAAGGCUUUGAAGGUUCUCGACUACUGUCUGCAUGAGGGAUCCGAAAGAGUCGUAACCUGGGCCCGUCAGAACAUCUACAUUAUAAAGACAUUGAGGGAGUUUCAGUACAUUGAUGAAGAGGGAAGAGAUGUGGGCCAAAACGUCCGGGUGGCUGCAAAGGAGUUAACGGCUCUCAUCAUCGACGAAGAGAGGUUACGAACCGAGCGGACGGACCGUCGGUCCUGGAAAUCGAGGGUAACAGGUUUAGAAGAAUAUGGACCCCCGCAUGGAGAGGAUCGCCCUCGACAGCGACCGCGAGACCGGGAACGGCCACGCCAGGCGAAUGACGAUGAGGAUCUUGAGUACAAGCUAGCGAUCGAAGCUAGCAAGGCGCAAGAAGAGGAGGACAGGAAGAAGCGCGAGAGCAGGUCGCACAUGGAUAGUGAAGAUGACGACCUGGCCAAGGCCAUAAAAUUGAGCAAGGAGGAGGAGGAACGCCGCCGAAAGGAGCUCGAGCAGACGAAUGCCUCCUCGCUAUUUGACGACGACCUCAUCCAGGUGAACCCCCCACCGCAGCAGCAGUUCACCGGUCUCAAUCAAGGCUAUCAGCAGGGCAACCCGGUCGACUUCUUCGCCAACCCUAUCGACCCCAACCAGAUGCAAGUUCAGCCGACGGGCUACAUGCAGAACGCGUAUACGGGAUUCCAGCCUCAACAGACGGGCUACCCUGGAACGUACGCCAAUGGGUUCGGUAUGCAGAACAACUUGUUAGACCCUUACGCCCAGCAGCAACAGCAGGCAUUGCAGCAGGGAUUCCAGGCCCAGCCGACCGGCUAUAACCCCUACGCUCAGCAACAAGUUCAGUCGCCCCUCCAGCAGGAGCCGACACUGCAGCCCGGCAGCAACAAUCCUUGGGCCACCAACAACAACCAGCAGCAGGGUCUCAAGCCGACCCCUACCGGUUCCAACAACCCAUUCGCCAACUCCUUCAACCGCCAGCAAUCGACAAGGACGCCGAUCUCGACCCUCGGUACUCUCCCCGAGCAAAAGUCCCUCUCGUCGUUUAACUCUCAACCAUUCAACCAACCAUCACCCCAGCCUGUCGUCCAACAGCAACAACCGAGCUUCCAACAACCGCAGAAGGAAAUGACGGAGCACGAGUCCAAGCUAAACGCUUUGCUCGCUACGGGAGACGGCCUGGACACAUUCGGCAACACGGGCAAUCUCAGGAUUCCCGCGCAGCACACGGCUCCCGGCACGUUCGUCAACAGUGCGGGAUCUGGUGUCCAGAGGCUCGGCGCCGAAGUUACGGGCCACAACCCGUUCCUAAGGAACCAGUUUACGGGCAUGCCGACUGUCACGUAUAAUAGCCAAGUACCGGCUGCGACCGGACCGGCUAGCAUGGGAGCCAGCAACCCGUUUUCCGGGAACAGGCCACAGACUAACCAGGACCUUAUUCAAUUUUAA